AGGAAGUAUAAAUACGAAGAGGACCAUACACAACAAAUCAAUCAGUUCCAACUUCCAAAUAUAUAGAGUUUUUCAAUAUUUCCAAAUACUUAGCAACAAUCGGAUAGCAAAGAACAUGAUGAAGAUUCAUCCUGUCCAAGCUUUACUUGUGGACUCCAGCGUCGGAGAAGACAAGAGUUCGGCGUACUUGACGACGGAGCAAGAGAGUUUCACGAUUUGGAUGAGAUCUCUGGUGUUCCAUAGCAAAGGCUGCACAGUUUUUGACUCCAAAGGAAACUUAAUCUACCGAGUGGAUAACUAUGAUUCGAAAAGUCGUUGUGAAGUUUACCUUAUGGACUUAUAUGGAGAAGUUAUGUUUAAAUUUCAACAAACGUUGGGUCUAUUCAAAUCUUGUGAAGGAUACAACUCAACCGGCACAAGAUUUAGACUAAGAAAAAACUUCAAAGUUUCAUCUUCGUCGUUCAAAGUUGUAAUGGGAUCGGUAAUUAAAGAUGAUCGACAGUCUUGCUAUAAGAUUGUAAAUGGUGGAUUGGGGUUCACAAUCAAAGAUGGAUCAGGAAGAUUAAUGGCAGAAGUUAAAAAGAAACAAGCUCAUAUUAAUGGUUUGGAUUUCGGAGAAGAUGUUUUGACAAUGGUGGUGGAGCCACAAGUAGAUCAUUCUUUUAUAAUGGGUAUUGUUAUAGCUUAUGGUCUUCUCAAAUCUAAAUUGUAAUCACUUCUUGGAGGGAGGGUGGGAUUGAUUUAUUUGUAAAUUGACAGCGGUAAAUGGAAAUAUACAAAUAUUCAGAGAGUCAGCAUAUAUUGUUUUAUUUAUUAC